CCGGCGAGAAGCGUGGCUGCUGGGUUUGCCCCCUGCUGGGAGAAGGGGAGGGGGAGAGGGAAGCUGACCUCACAGCCCCGCGCGUGCGCGCAGCGCUCCGGCCGGCCGGUCAGAAGCGCGGCUGCCAGGUUCGCCCCCUGCCGGGGGUGGGGGGAGGGAGCAGCAACCUCACAGCCCCAGCUGGUGAGAAGCGUGGCUGCCGGCUUCGUCCCCUGCCUGAGGGGGGGCAACCUCACAGCCCCGCAUGCGCAUGCCGCACUCCGACCACCCGGAUGGUCAGAAGCGCGGCUGCCGGGGGCCCGCGUGCACUGCGCUCCAACCGCCCGAACAGCCAGAAGCGCGCACACGCGUGCACGUGUCUCCAUCUCCCGCUCCCCCCGCCUGGCGUACAGCGGGUGCGUCACUUCUGGGGCCUGCUGAGGCGGGAAGUGCUGGGCACGAGGCAGAGCCGGAGGUGAAGCACCAUCUCUGUGCCAGGCUGGUGAAGAAAGUGCCACUGUUCCAGCACUGUGAUCUGAACUUCCUGAAUGCAGUGAUUAUGCAUCUCAAUAUUGAACUGUUCCAGCCUAGAGAGGUCAUCAUAGUAGAGGGUUCCUAUGGAGAUAGGAUGUACUUUCUUGAAUAUGGGAGAGUCCUCGUAGAGAGCAAGUCCAUGACAAAAGAACUGAAGGCUGGAGAUUACUUUGGAGAGAUCUUCCUAUUUAAGGAGUGUGCUCGGAGUAUGACUGUCACAGCUCUCACCACGUGCCAUUUAUUCUCACUGUCUGGUGAUGAAUUGAAGGAGUUGCUGGAGGCAUAUCCAGAGCUAGGAGAGGAGAUUAUAAAGUGCGCCAUCCAUAACUGGGAAAGCCUGAUCGGUUGAGUUCUGGAAUACUCUAGUCUUGGAAGAUGUCCUCAGCACACUGUUGUUGAGGGACCCCUCAGGACUUUGGGAGAAUAUCCUGCUGACAUGUGUGGCCAGCUGGUUCUGGGAGAAGCUGCUGAUUCACACCUCUGAGGAGUUCUUCAGCAAAACAGUAAGGCAAAGACCUGGCAUUCUUGAUAUUUCUAAGGCUCCCCCUGCUCCUCCUGUGGGGGUCUCUCCUCUUUGGAGUGGUCAGUUCCAGCCCAACCCCAAGGAAGCUCUUUGGGGAGAUCACAUCCCCCAAUUACCCCAAGCCAUACCCCAACAACAACAUCAGCUCCUGGGACAUUACAGUCCCAAAGGGCUUUGUGGUGAAGCUGAACUUCUGGCAGUUCGACCUGCAGCCAUCUGAGUCCUGCCUCUCUGACUACGUCAAGAUCACAGCAGAUAAGAAAGACCUGGGCCAGUACUGUGGCGAGCUAGGCUCAGCCACAGGCAACCACCCGGGUGUCAGGGACUUUGUGUCCAAAGGGAACUGGAUGAGGCUGAUGUUCCACUCGGACUUCUCCAAUGAAGACAACGGCACCCUUAUCCCCUACAAGGGCUUCCUGGCCUAUUACCAAGCUGUGGAAAUCCGGUGCCCACAGCCUGUGCCAAGGGACCAGUUCACCCUCAUCAAAGACCUGCAGCCCCUGUACCGAAUUCGUGACUACUUCAACGUCAGCUGCCAGACUGGGUAUGAACUGAUGGAGGGUGACCAGAAGUUGGCAUCUUUCAGUGCUGUCUGCCAGGAUGAUGGGACUUGGCACCGACCCAUGCCCCGGUGUGAAAUUGUGAGCUGUGGUCACCCCAAAAAUCUCACCAACGGGGCCUUCAAUUAUGUUAGUGAACACGGGAACAACUACUACCAGUCAGUGAUCACCUACCGGUGCGAAGAGCCUUAUUACCGCAUAGUCACCAACAGCGGGAGCGAUACAUACAACUGCUCCGCUCAGGGCUCCUGGGCAGACCAAGACGGCCAUGAGGACAUCCCCGUGUGUUUACCAGUGAUUUAUCAGUGUUCAGCCAGCGGGAAAUGGGUGAGCGAAGAGAUGGGAACAGAGCUUCCAGCGUGUUUCCCAGUCUGUGGGAUCCCCAGUACACCCAUCCAGGAGCUGCAGAGGAUUUUUGGGGGCACCCGUGCUAAGCCAGGCAACUUCCCCUGGCAGGUCUUAUUCCAAAACCCACGGGGAGGUGGGGUACUUAUUUCGGACCUCUGGGUGCUGACUGCAGCUCAUGUGCUGGAUGAUUCAAAUAGCAAGCCCAGAAUGUAUGCUGGGGUGACCAACAUCAACCAACAGCUCCAGAGGGAGGAGCCCAUACAGCUGUUUGAAGAAGAAGUGUUCAUUCACCCUAACUGGACAAAGGUGGUAAACCCAGAAGCUCGGACAAAUUUUGAUAAUGACAUUGCACUGCUGAGGCUGACGGCGCCUGUGAAGAUGGGCCCCAAGAUCUCACCUCUCUGCCUCCCUGGUGGUUCCCCUGAAUAUGAGCUGGAGAAAGGCAGACUGGGCUACAUAUCUGGCUGGGGCCGGACAGAGGACCGAAACAGAGUUUACCAUCUCAUGAAGGCACAGAUCCCUGUGGUGGACAUGGCACAAUGCCGUAGUGUUAAGCUGAAGCCACCUGCUGAUCCCACCACUUUCCAAUUCACUGACAACAUGGUCUGUGCUGGAGAUGGCACAAAGGACAGCUGUUCCGGGGACGGUGGCGGAGCCUAUGCCAUCAAAGACCCCCACAAUGACAGACAGUACUACGUGGGUGGCCUGGUCUCCUGGGGACCACGGUGUGGCACAUAUGGCCUUUACACCAGAGUGGGGCGCUACCGGGACUGGAUCUUGGGGACCAUGAGCCGAUACAAGGCGGCAGAGGGAUCACACAGAUAGAUCCUUCUCACCCUAGGGCACUGCCAUCUCACCAGGUGUUGAGGUCACAUGUCCCAGCAGAUUGGCUGCCCUUUGAUCCCAUCUACUCUUUAUGCAACAGCCCAACUGCAUUGUGGCUGUGCCAGACUAGGGAGUCAGAAACAAUGGGUUAUCUAUUCCAUUGUAACUACAUCAGCGAGGGGCAUCUCUCUUCCUUCCUCCACUGGAAUUGCCAGGGCAGGAACAGAGAGCAUGCUGGGUAAAGAGGACCCCUUUUACCUUUACCCAUCACAUUCUUUGCUCAAAUUCCUGGUUUUCAGAGAGAAGCUAGCCAUGCCCCACCCGCAUGAUAGUUCUGAGGCUGAAACCCAUCAGUGGGGGCAAUAGAGGGUAAUUGCUGGUCCACAAGGACUAGGUUCAGAGCCUGGCCAACCAAUAGAAAAGGGGCUGCUCCUUCUCCUCACUGGGACAACAGCGGCUCACUGACUUCUGACUCAUGUAUUCUCUGUAUCACUCACAAUAUCUAACUGCAUUAAAGGAUCACCCAAU